CUCUUUCCUUGUUCUUUAAUUAGACGCAGGUUCGGCGGCGCCCGGCGAAACGGAAAUCGCCCCAGAAGCUACCAGCCCCCUGGUCUCUUCUCGGACUCUUUGUUCGCUCCAAGCUCGCUAGGAAGACACUGUCAAGCCGAUCGAAAUCUUUGUCAGCGAUCGAGGCAGGGUCCCGUCCAUGCUUAAAUGCGGUAUACCCCUCCAGCCAGGUUGCCAGGGCCGCCCAUUCUCUCCUUCGAUAGACAAUAUCCUACAGGGGGGGGGGGUUUUCUGUCUAGUACAAUAACCAUUACUCUUCUGCAGCAAAUAAGGAUCUUCGAACCAUGCCUCGUCGAUCGCCUCGGCCCGGAUCCGCCUCAGCGGCUACUGCUGCUUCCACAGCGGCCGCGCCAAAACGGCGCGUAUCCGCCAGAUUGAGCGCCGGCGGCGAUAGCAAAAAACGAAGACUGAACGCAGCUUAUGGCGACUCGGACUCUGCCAGGAAGAGCAAAGCUAAACGGUCAAGCGCAAAGCAGAAUUCAUCAACCCUGAACAAGCGCGGACAGUCACUCAAGAGCCGUGAAGAAGCCAAGGGCAGCGACGAAACCCAGGAUGCGACCGCCAGGCCGAAAGGGAAGGAGCUCUGGAGAGAAGGUGUUCGCACCGGUCUCGGGCCAGGGAAGGAAGUCUUCAUUCAGAAGCCCAAGGCCAGAGAUCCGGGUGAUACCCUAUAUGAGGAUGAAACGCUGCAUCCCAAUACCAUGUUGUUCCUGCAGGAUUUGAAACAGAAUAAUGACAGGGAAUGGCUCAAAGCCCACGAUGCCGACUACCGUGCUGCAAAGAAAGACUGGGAGACAUUUGUUGAAAGCCUCACUGAAAAGAUCAUUGAGAAAGACGAGACCAUCCCCGAACUUCCAGCCAAGGACGUCGUUUUUCGCAUCCACCGAGACGUUCGGUUCAGCAAGAAUCCCACUCCAUACAAGACUCAUUUCUCGGCUGCAUGGUCACGAACAGGCAAGAAAGGGCCUUACGCUGCAUACUAUGUUCACCUUGAACCCGAAGCCAGCUUUGUGGGUUGUGGUCUUUGGAUGCCCGAGGCUGAGAAGCUUGCACUUCUCCGCGAGGAGGUGGAUCAAAGGUCGCACCGUUUGAAAGCUAUCCUCCGAGAAGCAAACAUGCGCCGUGUGAUCUUCGACGGGAUACCAGACGAAGAACGAGAGGCAGUCAAAGCCUUUGUGGACCAGAAUAAGGAGAGCUCCCUCAAAAUUAAACCCAAGGGCUACGAGGUGGACAACGAAAACAUCCUGUUGCUACGCUUACGCAGCUUCACGAUCAGCAAAAGUCUGGCUGAUGUAGACUUGCUCGGUCCUACUGUGCAGGAGAAAAUUGCCACCCUGAUCGGUACCAUGGAGCCAUUUGUUACGUAUCUCAACAAAGUCGUCAUGCCGGAUCCUGGAGCCCAAGACUCAACCGACGAGUCUGAGGACGAAGAUGGCGCCAGCGUCUGAGCGACCUGGCCGUCGAUAUAGGGAUAGUAUUGCCCAUCUUAUCUUGUCUUGGAAUUUUCGAGUCGUAUGGUUCUGUCGCUUUUUUUUUUCCAGUCUGCUUGUUUCAGCCCCCCUCAUCCUUCCUUCUUCUUCAGUCCGUUUU